GAGGGGUCCAGCUGGAGUUAGCUUGGUAAACUUUCAAAUUAACCCGUUUUUACCAAGUUCCAACAAGAAGAGAGGAAGUCAAAUAUGCUGAUGUUUUAACAACCAAGAGCAACAUCAGACAGAGAGAGAGAAGAGGACCAACACUUCCAGGAAUGUUUCAGAAUGCAGGUAGUGCACAGCAGACCUGACACCCAGGUGUGAUCCCCGGCAGAGUGGAGGGGGUCCAAUGGCCACUGCAAACGAUGACCCCCACCUGGGGGAAGGCCCAUCCGAGGACUCAGAGCUCCUCCUGGACGACUCUUCUGAUUCAGACAGCGUGUUUUCUGAUGACUCAUUGCUUCCUGACUAUGACAGGGAUGAGGAUCAUACAGAGCCAGCUAAAACACUGUACGAGGCCUGUGCCAGGAAUGACUCCUCGUCCCUGCUCAGGAUACUGGAGCGAGGCCUCACUAAAGAGGAGGCCAUGGAGCUGGACAUCAAUGCCAGGAAUGGACUGAUGUUGGCUGUGGCUAAGGGCUUCGUUGAUAUUGUCACAAUGCUGCACAAAUGUCCAUUUAUAGACGUCAACCACCAAGACAAUGAUGGCAACACUGCUCUCAUGAUUGCUGCUCAAGCAGGCUUCGUGACUAUCCUGAAUUUUAUCCUCAACUUCUAUUCUGGUGUGGACACUGAGGUCAGGGAUCCACGUGGCUUCACUGCCCUCAUCAAGGCAGGCCUACAGGGCAGAGAGGAGUGUGUGUCUGCCCUGCUGAUGCAUGGUGCUGAUAUCAAUGCAAUGGACCAAUUCCAAGGGAGAGGACUGAAGGAUUGGGUCCUGAGGACUGGGAGGUUUGAGACUCUAAACAGACUACGCCGCCUGCAAGCUCAUCCUAUCGCCGAGCAGUUCUGCACAAGCUACAGUCCUGACUGGCCUGAGCUGAAGCACCUGGUGGUGAAGGCCACAGCCCCCAAAACAGCUAGUCAGAAACUGAGGCAGCGUCUAAAAGACAGCCUUACCUUCAGCUUCCCUCACGACCCACAAGACAAUGGGGUGAUGGACCAUAUGGUGCGAAUGACCACAAGCAUCCACAGCCCGCUGAUAGCCACUGGCUGCCGUCCCCUCUGCCCCAACAGCCCUCCAGAAAUUGGCAAGCGACGGUUUGCCGUUCCUGAACUGCUUGAAAGACACAGCAGCAAAGAAUUGGAGGAAAGCAUAAUAUCCCACACUAAUGGCUCCAUCACCUCAGCUUCUCCCCCCACAGUGUCAGCCACCUCUGUAUCCCUGACCUCCUGCUGCCAGGACUCAAGCCGCAGGGAAAGCAUGCCCUCGGGUGGCACGAGAAGCUUCAUUCCUCGCAGCAUGGCACACAGGAACAGCAUCUUCCCCUCAGGCUGUAUUCCUAAGAUUGAAGUAACCAAAUCUGGGGAGCCUACUCCAAAAAAAGAGAAAAAGAAGAGAAGAGAUAAGGGCUUCCUCGAGCCUCCUGUCUGGAAAUACAAGGAGGCCAAAGAAGAGAAAAAGAGAGAGAGAAAAAAACAGGAAAAGGAAAAGAAAAAAGAGCAAGACAAAAAAUCUAAAGGGUCCAAACGUUCAAAGAGCAAAAACUGAGGCUGCAUUUUCCAACAAAGAAUAUCACUGUGAUUAUCUCAAACAUGGGAGAUGAGUAAUUACAGUGAGCCCGAGGGAAAGGGAACUUCCAAACAAGUAUUACAAUUAAACGUUAUAAUGGAUUUGAACUUGGUUUGGGAUGAACAGGAGACAAGUGGAGCCACUUAGAUUAUAGUUAUAUCAUGUGAAAAUAAUGAUGGAGAUAUAUUCAUGUAGAUAUAUUUAUAUGAAGCCUAAUUAUUCUGGAGCUUAUUUAUGCACCUGACCUGUGGAUGAGAUGAUGCUUCAUGGGGAUAUGAAAGUACAUCACUGUAUUUAUUGUAGGAACUUUCUUUGACAGGCCAAACACUAAGGUGGAGGAACUGAGCUAUCGUUCAGUUCUUAUAGUACUUUUUUUAGUUUUGAUGAGCAAUGCAACCCAAACAAAUGGAAAAGUUGCUACCGUCCUCAGAAAAACACAAUUCACUUUGAUGAUCAUCAAUGAAAUGUAUGCUGAAUUUGUGACGAUGGAUAUCAUGUUUUCUUUACUUCAAAACUGAGACAACAAUUUCACCAGUGCUCAUUUCAAUGAUAAGCUGUCACCUCUCUAUUAUAACAGUGCAUGUCUGUGGGAUGAAUUUACUCGACGGGGAUUUGAUAAUUCACACACAGGAAGUGAAUCAUAGCUUUUGAUCAAAACAGCUGAUUCAGAAGAAAAAUCCCUAGAGCACUUGAGUGCACAUUUCCUGCAGUCAUUUGAACCCCACCAUGUUACUUUUUUUUUGUCUGAUUUACUGAACAUUAAAAGUCAUGAUUUAUAUACAGUACAUUUAUAAAAAGAUGUUUUAAACAGUCAACACUUCUUCUCUUUUUUUUCUUUUUAAAGACAGUCAUCACAAUAUGUAGCAUCGAUCUACCAGGUGUAUUUGACUGAAAAUUAAUGCUGUGGGUGGCAGGUGAAUUAUGUGAACAUGGAAAUACAGAAUACAGGGAGCAUGAGACGUGCAGUAUGUUUCCAACAUUUUGUGUAAUUAUGAGGAAAAACUGAACACUGGUAAAACUAGUCUCACUCUCUUUGUGUUUUCUGUACUGACACCACAACCAAACCAAUGACAAACCUCACAUCUACUAAGUUAUAGCAUUUCUCAGGAAAAACCCUUGUUUAAAAAUAUUACGGACAUUACACACUAACCCUCUUUUGAAGCAGAAAGUAUGUUCUGACUCAGAGCAACCUGUUGACUCACAUGCUUGUUAUGAACAUACUUGUACAUGUGUUAGAAUGAUCAGAGGAAAUGUCAUUUAUACACGGUUGCUUGUGUCAAAAUGUAGAGGAUUGUUUAUAUAGUUAUUGUAUUUUUUAAAUCUUUAUUAAGUGUGAGAGAGAACAUGUGUUUGUUUUCAAGCUUUGGA